AUGUCAAAGGAUCAGCCAACCUGCGCUAGUAACUCGGUUCCAUUCAAGGAACUUGGUAAACCGGAAAGGCCCUCAUGGGAAGUUUGGAGGGAGGGAAGAGUUCUGGUGGUUUCCAUUUUCUCCUGUGGAGCUGCUGUGAUUGCAGUUUCUUUACCACAAGCAGCAUUCUGGCUUGGAAGCCGUGACAACCUGCAGUUCAUCAUUUUUGGUCUGGCUAUCUCCCUUAUGAAUGACUGCUUUGGAAUCGAGGCUCAGGCUCUUGUCUUGGUUGCGGAAGCACGUUUCGGUUGA